AUGAUCAGGGGUCCCUAUAUUCUCACCCUGGUCAAGGGGAAAUCGCUCCCUGGUUGUAGAAUAUUGAAGGGCAUGUUAAUAGGUAGGCACAGGAACAGCACUGCUGCCGCUGGGGGGGAACUCCUAAUGGAGGGUCAAUCGCGCGCGGGUAGUGACAACAGGGACGGCCACAAUGAAGACACACGGGAUGAUACCAGGGCGGAGGGGCAAAAGGCGAGUCGCGCACAUAUCAGUAGAACAAACCUCAAGGGGGUGAACUUUAAGGAGGGGCUCCAAAAUGCAAGUUUCCUCGAAUUUAAUUUCAAAACGGACGUGUAUUUGAAGCUGAACGAAAUGAAGAUUUUUACCCCUACGCAAAUUCAGAAGAACGUAAUACCGUUGCUGCUACAGGGAAGGGGAGACUCGACGGAAGGAGGGGGCGCAGUGCCCAAGUGUAGUGAGAACACAGAUGUGUAUAGGGAAAUAUUGAAAAGUAGAAAUCGCAUUAAUGGUUACUUGAGGCAGAAUUUUAACAUGAGGGGUGAUUUUUACGACGUGGGUAAAUACCAAUCAGGUGACGGGCAGAAGCCUGUUGGGGUGUUCCAAACUCUUGGUAGGCAUGCCGAUCAGAGCAGCUGUCCAACGGCUGUGCCGUCUCACAAAGAGGAAGAUAACCCAGAUGGAGAAAAAACAAAAUGCUUCAACGAUGUGUACGUUGUCGUGAGUCCAGAUAACACGGGGAAGACGCUGAGCUAUUUCCUUCCAAUACUAAGCAACUUUUACAUGAACAAUGAAAAAAUUAUGAAAAGCUUAUCAAAAUUUUACCACUUUUUAAACAAAUAUAAUUAUAAAAAAUUUCGAAACAAACUCUUUAGAAAGAAAGAAAAAUUAAUAUGUGCCAACAGGAGAAUGGACAAUUUGUUUUUUCAUAUAGCCUAUGAGAAGCACAGAGUACGGAACAGAUACAUAUACAUUCGUAAAUACAAAAAUUACAACGUCAGCAGGAGUUAUGUAAAAAAUAAAAAGAACAAUGAACUUAACUGUUUGAAGCAUAAAAAAAAUAUAUUCUUUCCCUAUGCAGUUAUUCUAACAAAUACGAGGGAAGCUGCGUUCGAACUUUUUUCCUUUUUAAAAAGUUUUGACAUAAAUAUUGAAUUACUGGCGGGGGGAUAUUCGUACAAAAGAAAGUCUGUUAAAAAGUUUCAUGUGGAGAUGAUAUCUCCGUUAAGUGGUCGGGCAGCUCAGGACGUGGAGUACGCGGACGAACCGUACGACUCGUAUGAUGAUGAUCACCUGGGGGGGUACCCAAAUAUGCGUAGCGAGUUUAUAAAGACCAACGAUUUUUUAAAAAGAAUUAGCAAAAAUGUUAAGCGAGGCGCCAAGGCAAUAAAUUACAACAUUGACAUUUUGGUUGGCACCCCUGAUAAAAUUUUUGAAAAAGUAGACAACUGCAAAAAUAAGCAUUUGUACAAUUUUAAAUUCUUAAAGUACAUAGUCGUGGAGCAGGCAGAAACGUUGUGCAAUGCAUUCAACGAAGGGAAGCUGCAGCUUGUGUUUAAUCAUAUAAAGAACUACACUAACAUGUACUACUUUAGGGGGGGUAGCGCCAGUGGUGUUCUCAAAGAUGAUCACUGUGGUGAUCCUCAUGAUGAUGUGCAGGAGGGACAAAAAAACGGAUUCCAUUUGGAAAACGAAGAGGCGCGCAGGAGUACUCGGCGGGGAAGACGCAGGAGCAGUAUAAACCUGCAAAAAAUGAAUGACAUGGCACAGGAAGACGGAAAUAAUGAAGUGAGUCCAGAUAGGUGUGAAGAAGGUGAAGUUGGGCAGGAGGGCGACGACGACAGUUACAAACAGGGUGCCUCCAAAUUGUGUGAUGGGGAAGAAGAAACGGGUGAGUCAUACGUGGGUAGCAGUAUCAAUGGGGAUAGCCCCCCCGAAGAGGUCACCCCUCGCAGCACCAGAAGGAAAGUCGCAGAAAGGGACGAACGGGACGAAGUCAUCCGAUUGCUUAAUCGAGGAGGGGCUGAAAACGAAAAGAACACUCUGUGCUCGAACAUCCCCAUAUCAAUAUUCGUGUCGGCAACGAAAACGUUUUGCAUCAGCGAGUUUCUCGCCAACAACGUGAGGAGCAAGCACAUCCAGGAGGUGAUACAUCUGAAGAGCCACGAUAUCAGCUCUGAAAUGAAACACAUAUUUAUUAACAGCAAGAACAAGGAAAAAACUGCCGUCCUGUUAGAGCUCCUAAACAGUAAGGACGCGCAAGGUAGCGCCAGGAUGAAGGGAGGGCUGCACAACAGGCAUUUCCUCAGUAGACAUGUAAUUUUCUGUAACACGAGAAAAAGCGUUCAGAAUGUUUCAGACCUGCUGACCGAGCUCAAGUACAAAGUGAGUUGUAUUCACAACGAAAUGAGUUACAAGGAGAGGAGCCAAAAUUAUCGAAAUUUCAAAAAAAAUAAAACAAACAUUUUGGUAUGCACAAAUAUACUGAGCAGGGGAAUAGAAUUUGAGAACUGCGACAUAAUCAAUUACGACAUUAGCAAUAAUAUAAAUGAUUAUAUUUACAAGUCCAGCAAAGUGGCGCACACGAAUGAUAGUAGCUAUUGUGGUGGAAGAAGCAACUCAUUAAUUUCCUUCUUUAGCAAAAAAAAUACAUCAUUAGUUAAUAACAUUAUUGAAAAAACGGUUGAUAAAAAACAAAUAAUUUUUCAAAAUUUAAACAAAAAAGUAAGCAAAAUGUUGAAGUUGCAAAAUAUAUACUACGAUAUUGUGAAGAAGAAAAAAAGGUAUCAGAAAAAAGGAGGGCGAAAAGCUUUGCACAUUUCUCCAAGGAGAAAUUGUCUAAGUAAAAAAAAUAAAAUAUUGUCUAAAAAGCUAUACUUUUAUAAUAAAAUGAAUGUAGAGCGUAAGCGUUUAAUAAAGAAGGGAAUUCUCAAGGGCCAUGAGAAGAUCCCCAGGUUUCCCAAUAGGAAAGCGGAGAUCUACGACAGCAAUGAGUAUAACUCUGUGCACAGGUUGGACGACGGCGCGCUGCAAAUUUUAGCCAAGAAAAGAAAAACGAAAAAGAGUAAAAAGGAAGAUGGGGCAAAGUAUGAAGAGGACACCAUCAUUUUGGACAACAUGCCUACUUAUGAGGAUGAGGCGAAGGCCAAGGAGAAGAAACACCAAAAGAAGACAUACUUCUAA